GAAAUUAUUGAACUUUCUCGCGAAGAAGAGACGCACAGUUCAGCCAAGUGCCCUGGACUCCUCAGUGUUCACACUCUGAACUGGAGUGAAAACUUUUUGCUUGGGUAUGAGUAGGACAGCUUAAUCUAGAGAGAUAGAGGAGGUGGUUGACAGAUAGAGCCAGAGGGGAAGUCUAUUAGGUUUCGUCCAAUGACCGCCAAAACAUACUUGCUUCUUCCAUGGCCGCCAUCUUGUCUUCUCUCUCGCACUUCAAAAAGCAUCACCCCCUCUCUCUCACGUCACCUCUGCUCUCUACCCAUCACCUCCAAGUAGCCGUUGGAUUCAAAUCUUCAAAAGUCUAUCUCCCUUCCUUGCAAUCUCAGCCACCUCUCCAAUUUCUCAAGCAAACCCAAUUCCUCAAUCACAAUGAAGAAUAUGACGAUGAAGAAAAAGAAGAUGAGGAUGAAGAAGAAAAAGAAGACGACAAAGAAAAAGAAAAUGAUGGAAAUGGUGAUGAUGAAGGAGGUGGAGGUGGCGGUGGCGGUGAUGGUAAUGUGGUUUCUGAUCAGUUCACAAAUUGUUAUUGCAGAGCUCUGCAAAAUUCAAUUAGUCUCAGAGAAAUUCGAAAGGGAAAAGAGCUCCAUGGCUUCAUAAUUAAGACCUCCGCAAAUUCAAACAUUCUCCUUUCCAAUAAUCUGAUAACCAUGUAUCUAAAGUUGGGCCGCUUUUCUGAUGCCGAUAAGCUUUUUUAUUGCCUACCCUCUCCAAAUCUUGUCUCAUGGACGGCAAUGAUCACUGGCUAUGCCAAGUCUGGGCAAGAAUUGAAGGCUCUGAGCCUCUUUUUCAAAAUGAGAUUCUCAGGUCUUGAACCCAACCAGUUUGGUUUCGUGGGUGUUUUAAUAGCUUGUAGCAAAAUUUUGGGCUUAGAAUUGGGGAAACAGAUCCAUGGACUAACUCUGAAAAUGGGCUUCUUCUCCCAUGUCUACGUAUGUAAUGCAUUAAUAGAUUUUUAUGUUAAAUGUGGGUCAAUAGUGAGCGCGCAACUAGUGUUUGAUAAAAUGGGUUGUAGAGAUUUGGUCUCUUGGAACACUGUGAUUUCUGGGUUAGCACAAGGGUCUAAGGCCACAUGUGCUUUCAGGUGUUUUCGAGAUAUGAUGGAAGAUGGGUUUUUAGCUGAUCAAUUUUCUCUCUCUACCUUGCUCAUGGCUUCAACCAAGGUGUAUUCUAGAGAGAGAGGGAAGCAGGUCCAUGCUUAUGCUCUCAGAGCUGGUUUUGAAUCCAGUCUCAGUGUUAAUAAUGCUUUAAUUGGGUUUUACACCAAGUUUGGGAGCAUCAAGGAGGCUGCAAAUGUCUUUGAGAAGAUGGGCAAGAGAGAUGUUAUCUCUUGGACUGGAAUGCUGAGCGGGUAUUCUCAACACGGUUUGAUAGAUAUGGCUAUGCAUCUGUUUAAGAAGAUGCCUGAGAAGAAUUUAAUUUCUUAUAAUGCUUUAGUAGCUGGUCUUGCACAAAAUUGCAGGGGCUAUCAAGCUCUGAAGCUAUUCAUAGAAAUGGUAGAAAAUGGGAUGGAAUUGUCUGGUUUCACUUUGACAAGUGUUGCAAAUGCUUGUGCAAUGGAAUCAGCAGUGGAAGGGUGCAAACAAAUUCAUGGUUUUGUAAUGAAGUCUGGUUUUUUGGGUUCUUCUUCUUGCAUUGGAGGUGCAUUAACUGAUAUGUAUGCCAAGUGUGGGCAAAUGGAUGAUGCUCAAAAUCUCUUUGAUCGGUUAGAACAUCGAGAUUCAAUCCCUUGGACUUCAAUUAUGACAGGGUAUGCAAGGAAUGGCCAGCCGGAGAAGGCCUUGUCGCUCUUCAGCAAGUUAUAUGAUGAUGAAGAUGAUGACGAGAGGGAUAAAGAAAGAGGAGAUGACGAUGGAGAGGGAGAUAUAGAGAGAGAGUGUGGCUCUUCCAUAGAUGAAAUUGCUUUUGCCACCAUCUUGGGUGUUUGUGGGACAUUAGGUUUUCACGAAAUGGGAAAGCAACUGCACUCUCUAGUUAUUAGGAACGGUUUCUCUUCUGAUAGAGGAGUUGCCAAUGCAAUUCUCACCAUGUAUGGCAAAUGUGAUAAUUUGAAAGACGCAAGGAAGCUCUUCAACCUCAUACCUCAACACAAUCUUGUGUCUUGGAAUGCAUUUAUAUUGCUUUAUGUUCUUCAUAGACUUGGAGGCCAGGCCCUAACUAUUUUUAGAGAGAUGGAGAUGGGUACAAAGCCAGAUGGACUUACCUUUAUCUCUCUAUUCUCUGCCUGCAAAUAUCUCACCUCAAACUCUGUAAAAACCUGUUUAAGCCUCUUUGAAUCCAUGAAAACCAAAUACAACAUCACCCCAACUGAUGAGCAUUAUGCAUCAGUGGUGGAUGUUUUAGGCCACUAUAAUUGCUUCAAAGAAGCUGAAGAAUUUGUCAAGAAUAUGCCAAUAAAGCCAAAUGCGGCAGUUUGGCGAGCCUUCCUUGCUGCUUCCAAGCUCCACGGCGAUAUAGAGAGAGAAAGAUAUGCAACGAAAUCCCUCCUUAAGCUUGAGCCUCAAGAACCUGCAGCUUCUAUACUGUUAACAAACCUCCAUUCGGCUUCUGGGAGGUGGCAUUGCUCUGAGAAGAUGAGAGAGAAGAUGAGAGAGCAUGGGCUAAAGAAGUAUCCAGCAAGGAGCUGGAUAGUUUAUCAGAAUCAAGUGCAUUCUUUCUAUGCUCGAGAUAGAUCACACCCACAAGCCUAUGAUAUUUACAGUGGCUUGGAGAUUCUGAUCCUAGAGUGCAAAAAAGUGGGAUAUGUACCCGAUACUAGCUUUGUUCUCCAUGAAGUAGAGGAGUAUCAAAAGGAGCACUUCUUGUUAUUCCAUAGCUCCAAAAUGGCAGUUACCUUUGGGCUCUUAAUGACUGAUUUUGGGAAGCCUGUGAGGGUUGUGAAAAAUAUAAGACUAUGUGGAGAUUGCCAUGAAUUCAUGAAGAUUGUGUCCACUGUAACUGGGAGAGAGAUUUCUUUGAGAGAUACCACUGGCUUCCAUUUCUUCAAGGGAGGUGUAUGCUCCUGUGGAGAUUGCUUGUGAUUUGAGUGCUAACAUUGAUGAAUCUCAGAAGCUGAGCUCUGUAACUAUAUUCCCAUAGAAUUUUUUUAAAUAGGUAUCUCUGCAAUUCAUAUUUUGUACUGCAACUUUUACGAGAUGCUUCUUGUUGUAUAUUCAUUUUGAA